AUGGAGUUGCUGCAUGUGGCUGUGGCUGGUAUGUUCUGCGUGGAUAUUUGGAGGAGGCAUGGCGGAGCUCUCCACUUUGAGGUUUCCAGAUGCUUCGGGGCAGGGAGGGUGUACUCUAUGUACGAAUGGGUGAGCUAUGGUUGUCGACGAGGUAUCAAAUGUGAUCUACUCCGUAUACACUACAGCGAUGCAGAAAACAGCAAGGCAAAGCUUUCACUCAAUGAUUGUUAUGAUGGGACGGUACAUGCAUUUCAGGAGCUUUGUUGCACGGCCGUUGUUGCCCAUCACCGCUUCCGGGAGGAAAUCGGCGGAGAGCGUUUAGUUAGUAGACGAAGAUCAAGACCGAAAUUAGAUGACAAUGCCAAUACUCGAUUGCAACACGAUCGAUAUCGUCCUGCGCGCAUCAUCAUGCAGUGCGACUUACCUCGACGUCUACAGAGCACCGACACUCAAAUAUGCAGCGUGGCGUGCGCCAAAGAUACAUAA